CUUCUCAAAUUACCAUCAUCUUUGAUGAUUACGAUGGGUAUGUGGUCAAUCAAAUGUAUGAGGCUUGCAUUAAAAUGUCUAUUGAUAAGCAUUCAUUUUGGUCCGAUGCAUUCAACAGCUUCACUCUUACUUCAUCUGUCAGACCCACUCUGGAGAUUUGGUGUUUGACAAGAAGAAGAUUUGGUUAAAUUCAUUAAUCUGCAGGAGAUUACCAAAAGGAGGCCCUCCAUCAUUUUGACUGCAAGCAAUACUGAUGGUUCAAUUUGCAUAUUCCAUUUGCAUAAUCCUUUCCAUCCAAAUUACCAUACAAACAAAAGCUUACCUUACCACAUUCUUUGCUUAUUUUUCAAGUAAAUGAGAUUCCACGACACUUUUUCUGCUGCAAGUGUUAGCAAUUAAGUUCCUUCAGUCAGUGUUGCACUGUAACAAGACAUUUAUAUAAGGGGCCUUCGGGUUUUCCAACAUUCAAACCUCAAAAAUUUUCUUCCAACCAUGGUCGAAAUGCCAAACAUAUUUUCCCUGACAAGUAUGCCUUCAGCAACAACCGUUCUGUCAACAUACAGCACCUUUGCUGCAUCAGCAAUGCUGGUCCGGACGGUGUUCAGUGAAAUUCAGACCACAGUCACCCAGAUCAUACCUCCAAAAAUCCGGGAGAAAAUCUUGUCCAAGAUUGGAAGCCUUCUUGGUAAUCCCUCUUCUCAAAUUACUCUCAUCUUUGAUGAUUACGAUGGGUAUGCGGUCAAUCAAAUGUACGAGGCUUGCAAAAUCUUCCUGCGUACAAAAAUCCCUCCAUCAGUUCAAAAGCUUAACGUUUUCCGAGCUCCAGAACGCCAGAACCUUUUAAUCACCAUUGGUGAAGGUGAAACGGCUAUUGACAUAUUCGAAGGAAUUCAGGUCAAAUGGGAAAUGGUUUGUACCAAGAAGAGGUCCAUUGAAGGCGUAGAUUAUGAAGCAAGAUCGAUGGAGCUCAGUUUCCCUAAGAAAAACAUGGAUAGGAUUCUGAGCUCUUACUUGCCAUAUGUGGUGGAGAGAUCAAAAGCCUUCAUAGAAGAAAACAAGGUGCUGAAGCUCUAUUCAUAUGGUGGGUCAUGGGAAUCAACCAACCUCCACCAUCCAUCAACUUUUGAAACACUGGCAAUGGAUUCAAAGCUCAAGCAGGACUUGAUAAAUGACUUGGAUCGAUUUGUCAAGAGAAAGAAGUACUAUAAAAGAGUUGGAAGGGCAUGGAAGAGAGGAUAUUUGUUGUACGGCCCUCCAGGCACUGGAAAGUCAAGCUUGAUUGCAGCCAUGGCCAACUAUCUGAAAUUUGACAUCUAUGACUUAGAGCUCACUAGUCUCCGUUGCAACUCAGAGUUUAGAAGACUGUUAGUCUCAACCACGAACCAAUCAAUACUUGUGAUUGAAGAUAUUGACUGCAGCAGUGAGCUGCGGAGCCAACAACCAGGAGGGCAUAAUCCCAAUGACAGCCAGUUGCAGUUGACAUUAUCUGGGUUGCUUAAUUUCAUUGAUGGGCUGUGGUCAAGCUGUGGUGAUGAGAGGAUAAUCGUGCUCACAACUAAUCACAAAGAAAGGCUAGAUCCUGCAUUGUUGAGACCGGGGCGCAUGGACAUGCACAUCCACAUGUCCUACUGCACUCCCUGUGGAUUCAAGACACUUGCGUCCAACUACCUAGGCAUAAGAGAUCACAGGUUGUUUCCUGAAAUUGAAAAGCUGAUAGUGGAGGUAGAGGUGACCCCAGCAGCAAUUGCAGAAGAGCUCAUGAAAAGUGAAGAAGCUGACAUUGCCCUUGGAAGACUUGUUGAGUUCCUCACAAGGGUAAAGACGGCCCAAAAUGAAGCAACUGAUGGAAAAGAUAAAGAAGCAAACAAAAAGGGAAAUGAAAGCCCAGUAGUUGAUCAAAGUAAGAAGAAAGCCAAAAGAAAUAACCCGACAGCAAGGAAUCAAAAAAGGAAGGCGAUGAGUUUGUUAAGCAGAUGAUAGGUAAGAACCAAGUAUCAAAUUGAAAAUCUGUUAGUGUAAUAGUACUCCAUAAAUUCAUGCUUUUAUCAGUGGUCUUUGAGAGCAAUGUUCAAUGGCCCUAUACUUAUUAGUACCCAAUAAAAUCAAACUGCAAUAAUUAGCAGGGUUCUGAUCAGUCAA